AUGGAGAGUCUGAAGCUGUUCUGUGAGACAGACGACCAGCUGAUCUGUCUGAUCUGCAGAGAUGGAAGAGAGCACAGAGGUCACACAUUCAGACCUCUCAAAGAGGCCCAGGAGGAUCUGAGAGGAAAGUUGGUGUCAGUUAUACUUGGUAGCUCUGAGGGGGACAUUGAUGAGCUACACACAACCCAUGCUCUGGCCCCGCCUCCACUGGAUGCUGAUUUGCUGGUGGGUGAGAGGCUGGAGCAGUUAAAGGCCUGCCUAAACCGGUCAUUACUUAAAGAUGCAGGGGGCGUGGUUAUCACUUACGACAUCAUCGAGGCGUACAAGACCUUGGUGCUUAGCUGUGGCAUCGGUCUAGACGGCAGUUGUGAAAACCCCAAGGUGGCGUGUUGGCUGUUGGACCCUGGCAGUGAGGAGAGGACCCUGGCCAGCGUGGUGACCUGCUUCUGCCCCCAAGAGCUGGAUCUGCUGGAGGACAUGACUGGUCUGAAGAACAAGAGGACCCUGGGAUACGCCAGGAAAGGAGCGGGGAGGGUGCGCCUGGGCAAGCAGUUCAGCACCACCAAGGAUGUUCUGGAGAAGCUCCGACCCCUGCACCCGUUCCCAGGGGUGAUCCUGGAGUGGAGGAGGAUCACCAACGCUAUGAUCAAGGUGGUGUUCCCUCUCCAGAGAGAGAGACAACACCACCCUCUGCUGGCCAUGGACAGGAUACACCCUGUGUCUCAGACAUACACCCCCACAUGCCGAGUGAGCUUCACUGAGCCCAACAUCCAGAACGUUCCGAAAGACUUUGAGAUCCAGAUGGCCACCGUUGUGGGCGAGAGCCCCCCCUCACAAGAUGGCCGCCAGGCUGCCACCCGGCCAGGCAGGAGAGGGCGCUCCAGGCUGCCAGCCCCUCCUGCAGGCAGUCCAGAGAAGGAUGUCGCCUUCUCCGUCAGCAUGAGACACGCCUUCGUACCCUUCUCAGGAGGGAUGAUCCUAGCUGCAGAUUAUUCCCAGUUGGAGCUGCGGGUGCUAGCUCACCUCUCUAAGGACCGGCGCCUCCUACAGGUGCUGAACGGAGGGGUGGAUGUUUUCCGCUGCAUCGCGGCAGAGUGGAAGAACAUAACCCCAGAUGCUGUGAAGGACGGCCUCAGACAGCAGGCCAAGCAGAUUUGCUAUGGCAUCAUCUACGGGAUGGGAGCCAAGUCUCUGGGGGAGCAGAUGGGCGUGGAUGAGAACGAUGCUGCCUGUUACAUAGAGAGCUUCAAGGCCAGAUACACAGGGAUCCAGUCCUUCCUGAGAGACACGGUGAAGAGCUGUGUAAAAAAGGGCUACGUUCAGACACUGCUGGGACGCAGGAGAUACCUGCCUGGGAUCACAAACGGCAACACCUACGCCAGGGCACAUGCAGAGCGCCAGGCGGUGAACACCACUGUUCAGGGUUCAGCUGCUGACAUUGUUAAACUGGCCACUGUCAACAUCCAGCAGAGACUACAGGAAACCUUCCCUACUGCCCCCCUGUCACAUCAACACCCACACUCAGACAGGGGCCGUAGCAGGACAUGGCCUCGGGUCAGAGGGGCUUACUUCAUCCUGCAGCUGCAUGACGAGCUGAUCUACGAGACCACAGAAGAAGACCUCAUUCGGGUGGCUCAAAUAGUGAAGAGAGAGAUGGAGUCAGCAGUCAAGCUUUAUGUGAAGCUCAGAGCCAAAGUCAGGGUGGGACCCAGCUGGGGUGACCUCCAGGACAUGGAAAUAUGAAGGUGGGUUGAAAGUGGCCUUAGACAUACUGAAGUAGGACUUGACAGCUUUACACAAGUGUUGCUUUCUGUGUUUUUCUACGUAUAUUUCUGUGUGAUAGUCAUUUAUUCUCAACAAUAUACUGAAUGGACUGAAAUGUUUAACAUAUUUUAAAGUGUCAAGAUAAGUUUUAAUCUCUGCUGUUUACGAAUGAACUGAAUGUAGUAAUGCAUAUGUAUAUUUUUAAUCCUCUAAAUUGUGAUCCUGUGCAAAAGUUAUUUGUCGGGGUAACAUUUGAUCCCAUAAUUACAUAUUAAUAAUAUUGUGUUUGAAACGUACAGUAAAUGUAAUCCAUGAAUCUCUGAAUGUAACCUCCAUACUGUG